AUGUUUGCAAGUUUUGCCAGCCUGAAGUACCUGCCGUUGUCUCAUGCUUCCAUCAUCGGCUAUCUGGCACCGGUUCUGGCUGUUGUUCUGGCGGCAAUCCUGCUUGGCGAAACCGUCAACGGCGCCCGCUGGUUUGGUGUCCUCUUCGGAUUUGCCAGCGUGCUCGUUCUGGUGCUUCCAACGAUCGCCGAGGCAAAUGUUGACACAUCAUAUUUUCUUGGUGUCGGUCUGGCGUUGGCAAUGGCAAUUCUGACCGCAAGUGCAAAGGUUCAAAUCCGAAGUCUGGCGCUGACGGAAAAUGCCGGUGCCAUUGCGUUUUACUUUGCACUCACGUGCACAGUUGCUGGCCUUGCCACACUGCCGUUCGGCUGGACGCUGCCCGACUGGAAUCAGCUUGGCCUGUUGGUAUGCACGGGAAUUGCCGGCGGUAUUGCGCACAUCCUGAUGACGCUGAGCUACCAGUAUAGCGAGGUCUCCAGGUUGGCCGCCUUUGAAUACCUGUCUCUCGUUUUUGCUGUAAUCGCAGAUGUGCUGUUUUUCGACAUUCUGCCAAAGCCAGCGUUUUAUGCCGCUGCGGCCUGCAUCGUCCUGGCAACACUGGUUGUAGCGCUCAAAGACGGGCAUCACAAAGGCCAAACGGCUUUUCGCUAA